AUGGUAUUCCUGUAUUCUCUACUGGUUAUACCAUUGCUCAUAUCACCGAACUUGGCUGAACUUGGGAUUGACGAUUAUUCUGAAGGUAGGUCUAUGAAUAGCUGCGAUAGUUGGACAAUCGACUAAAUGACAUUUCCAGGUUUUUUAAGCAAAUGAGUUGAAAUAUUGGGUUCUAAUGUUAUUCAUAUGAUAGAAAGGUCUAAGACGAACAGAAUGGUAUAAAUUAUGAUGACUUUACGUUAUCCAUAAGUGAUUUAGUGACCUUAUCGACUAAACGUCCCUAAAUCACUCAUGGAUAACGUAAAGUCAUCAAAAUUUAUAUCAUUCUGUUCGUCUUAAACCAUUCUAUCAUAUGAAUAACAUUAGAACUCAAUAUUUCAAAUGAAAAUGUCAUUUAGUCGAAUUAGUCGAUAGCUCGCACUAAUACCCUAAGCUUAGGGUACUAAUACCCUAAGCUUAGGGUAUUAGCUUAGGGUAUUAGUUGUGGACUAAUACUCUAAGCUAAUACCCUAAGCUUAGGGUAGUAGCUUAGGGUAUUAGUGACCCUAAGCUUAGCAAAGCUGUAUGAUGCAUCAGGCUAAACACAUAGGAACGAUAUAACUCUCACAAACACCGUGUGUUUUACAGAAGAACUCCAAAAACCACAAAAACCAUUCCGAAUUGGAGAGGAAUUGAUGAAACAUGUUGAAACAGAAGCACUUCUUAAAACCUUCUUCGCCAGCCGACCAAUCGCUAAUCACCUUCUUAAAACAAUUGUGAAAGCCGAAAAAAACCACGAUAGAGCACUUUAUUCAUCAGUUGUUGACAAAUCCUUCGUCCUCCGUGGAUGUCAAAGAGAAAUCGGAUAUGAAAGACUCAAAAAGUACGCAGCCAACGGACAUUUUGUGAAAAAACUCGGAUCUCUCAAGAUCAAAACCGCCAAAUUCGUCUACAAUUCGUUGGAAAUCACAGUUCUUUUGCCAUGCAAAUACCAAAGUUUUGAAUUGCGUUUGACUGCGAAAGAAAUCGAUGGAAGUUACAAAUUGAUUCGCGCUGAUGUUGGUGAUCUUCCAAUCUGCCAGCGUCUUCAUUUGGGAGAAGCUGGGCGAACGGCUUCAGGGAUCGCUGAGAAUAUUCUUGAGACCAUAGUUCAGGCCGAGAAAACACAUGAUCUCGCACUUUUCGGUUUAGCCGUUGAUUCAAAAUUCAUUCUGCACGGUUGUCGCAACGCGGUUCGUAUUGAAAAACUCAAAAAGUACGUGGGUCAUGGUUAUUUCGCCCAAAAACUUGCAUCAAUUCAAGUUCUCUCAAGCAAAUUUGCUGGAAAACAUUUGCUGAUCAACGCGGAAUUCGCAGAUCUCAAUCAAACAUUCACAAUUCAAUUGGUGGCUAGGAAAAUCAAUGGAAUUCAUCGAUUGAUUUUUGCGAAUGUUGAAGAUUUGCCAAUUUGUCAUCGUCUCAAUUUCGGAGAUUCGAUCAAAACUUCAAAAGGUGUUGCUCAAAACAUCCUUGAAGUUAUCGCUAAAGCCGAAGAAACUCAUGACAAAGCCCUCUUCGGUUUAGCCGUCGACAAAUCUUUCAAACUCCAAGGUUGCGGAAGAACUGUCAGUCAUCAAAAGCUCAAAAAAUACGCGGGCCGUGGUUAUUUUUCGAAACAAGUCAGAUCACUUCAAGUAAUCGCUAGCCGAUUUGUUGGAAAUCACUUGGAAUUCAUCGCGAAUCUGCCAGGAAAUGAGCAAAAUUUCAAUGUGAAAUUCAUCGCGAAGAAAAUCAACGGAAUCACAAAAUUGAUUCGAGCGGAUUUUGGAGAAUUGCCAAUUUGCAAGCGACUCAAUUUCGGAGAUGCAAUCAAAACACCAAAAGGUCUUGCUGAAAACAUCCUCCAAGUGAUUCACAAAGCCGAAAAAACCCACGACAAGCGACUUUUCGGUUUGGUCAUCGAUAAAACUUUCGACAUCCAUGGCUGUGAGAAAACCGCAAGUUACGACAAACUCAAAAACUACGCUGGUCACGGUGAUUUCGCCAGUCAAAUCGCUGCUCUUCGAAUCGUCCGAGCUUAUCGAGUCAACGGAGAUUUGCAAUUUCUCGCUGUCCUUCCAGGCAACUUCGAAUUCAAAUUCAGUGCGAAGAACGUGAACGGUCUCACAAAAUUGGUUCGUUUAGACAUUGGAAACUUGCCAGUUUGUCAGAGACUUGGAUUAGGAGUUAAAACACCCGAAGGUCUCGCGAAGAACAUUCUCCAAACCUUGGUUAUCGCCGAAAAAAUUCAUGAUCGCAAACUUCUUCGUCUCGUCAUAGACAAAUCUUUCGUUUUCACCGCUUGCAAGAAAACAACAAGAUUUUCCAAGCUCCAAGAAUUCGCCGGUUUCGAAUAUAUCCUGAACCAAGCUUCAUCUCUUCGAAUCAUCAAAAGCAGAUUCUUCAAUGACAAAUUGCAAUUCAAAGCCUCUCUUCCAAUCAAUAACAAGAAUAUCAUUUUGAAGUUUAUUGCCUUGAAAUUCGGAGGAAACUACAAAUUGGUUCGAGUUAUCAUCGAUGAAGAUUUACCAAUCUGCAGAGGAUUGGUAUUGGGAGGAUUAGCAAAGCCAGCAAUUCUUAACAGACGAGUUAAUAAUCUCCUCGAAGUCAUCAGAACCGCCGAACGAACUCAAGACCCCGCCCUCUUCCGCUUAGCCAUCGACAAAUCUUUCAAACUCCAAGCCUGCGGGCGAACUGUGAGCCAUCAAAAACUCGCAAAAUACUUCGGACAUGGCUAUUUCACCAAUCAACUCUCCAAUCUUCAUGUCGCCUUCACCCGAAAAAACAAAAACACUCUGAUUUCUAUCGCAGCUCUUUUGGAAAAUGGAAAAUCACAUAUAAUCAAACUAACUUCCGCGAAAAUCAAUGGAAUCACCAAAUUGAUUCGUGUUGAUGCUGGAGAUCUUCCAAUCUGCAAGCGACUUAGCUUAGGAGCCGAAUUGAAAACGCCCAAAGGAAUAGCUAACAAUAUCCUCCAAGUUAUCGCGAAAGCCGAAGAAACCCAUGAUAAAGCUCUCUACGGUUUAGUCGUCGACAAAUCUUUCAAACUUCAAGCCUGCGGAAGAACUGUCAGUUAUGAAAAACUUGGAAACUACGCAGGUUUUGGUUAUUUCUUCAAUCAAAUAAAAUCUCUCAAAAUCAUAAGUGCUCGUGAAUUGGGAAAUGGUAUCACAUUCACUGCCAUGUUACCAGGAAUCGAUAAAAAUAUCAUCGUGACUUUCGUCGCAGCAAAAAUUGAUGGAAUUACAAAAUUGAUUCAUGCAAUGUUUGUGGAUUUUCCAUUUUGCGAGCCGGGUAUUUCGAGGAAAGCAGUUCUUGGAUUAGUCGCGGAAAAAUCAAUAAAUUACACAUCAACCACGGAAAAACCUAAGGAUGAUGAUUUAGAAGAAAGAUCACCAUUAGACUUCUAA